AUGGGGUGUUCACAAAGCUCAAACGUAAAAGAUUUUAAAACGAGGAAGAGUAAAUAUACAAGUGGGAAUAAUAAUGGGAGAAGUGGUAAUAAUAAGAGUUGUGAUGAGUUAGCAAUAAAUCCAGGUAUGUAUGUUAGAAAAAAAGAAGGAAAGAUAGGGGAGUCUUAUUUUAAAGUUAGAAAAUUAGGUAGUGGUGCUUAUGGUGAGGUAUUAUUAUGUAGAGAAAAGCAUGGACAUGGUGAGAAGGCUAUUAAGGUUAUAAAAAAAUCACAGUUUGAUAAGAUGAAAUAUUCUAUAUCAAAUAAAGUUGAAUGUGAUGAUAAAAUUCAUGAAGAAAUAUAUAAUGAGAUAUCUUUAUUAAAAUCAUUAGAUCAUCCUAAUAUAAUAAAAUUAUUUGAUAUUUUUGAAGAUAAGAAAUAUUUUUAUUUAGUAACAGAAUUUUAUGAAGGUGGUGAAUUAUUUGAACAAAUUAUUAACCGUCAUAAAUUUGAUGAGUGUGAUGCUGCUAAUAUUAUGAAACAAAUAUUAAGUGGUAUAUGUUAUUUACAUAAACAUAAUAUUGUCCAUCGAGAUAUCAAACCAGAAAAUAUUCUAUUAGAAAAUAAACAUAGUUUAUUAAAUAUUAAAAUUGUAGAUUUUGGUUUAUCUUCAUUUUUUUCAAAAGAUUAUAAAUUAAGAGAUAGAUUAGGUACUGCAUAUUAUAUAGCACCUGAAGUUUUAAGAAAAAAAUAUAAUGAAAAAUGUGAUGUCUGGUCAUGUGGAGUUAUUUUAUAUAUUUUAUUAUGUGGUUACCCUCCUUUUGGUGGUCAGAAUGAUCAAGAUAUUAUAAAAAAAGUUGAAAAAGGAAAAUAUUAUUUUGAUUUUAAUGACUGGAAAAAUAUUAGUGAAGAAGCGAAAGAGUUAAUAAAACUUAUGCUCACAUAUGAUUAUAAUAAAAGAAUAACAGCAAAGGAAGCUCUCAAUAGUAAAUGGAUCAAAAAAUAUGCAAACAAUAUUAAUAAGAGUGAUCAAAAAACUUUAUGUGGUGCAUUAUCAAAUAUGAGGAAAUUUGAGGGCAGUCAGAAAUUAGCUCAGGCAGCUAUAUUAUUUAUUGGUAGUAAAUUAACAACAUUAGAAGAACGUAAGGAGCUUACUGAUAUUUUUAAAAAGUUGGAUAAAAAUGGCGAUGGCCAG